GGACGUGAGUUCCACGUCCUCUGCAGCUGCGCGUGUAAGCAAGCAAGGUGCCUCUUUCAAACUCACUUCUCUUCUUCUACCUAAUCAACCUUCUCUCUCUCUUAAAAAACGAGACGUUGCAAGCGAGAGAGAGAGGGAGGGAGAAAGAUGGAGAAGAGUCUGUACGAUGAAGUACUGCAAGAAAUCUUCCAGAAGCUUCCCUCCUCUUGUUCCUCCUCCGUCUCCCUGGUCUCGAAGCGGUGGCUCCGCCUCUUCCGGUCCUCCAGAGCCUCCCUCUCCCUCCGCCUCUCCCCUCACCCCUCCCUCCUCCCUUCUCUCUCAACCUUCCUCUCCCACCACCCUUUCCUCUCUUCCCUCUCCCUCUCCCUCUCUCUCUCUCCCAUACCCUCCUCUCACCUUCUCUCCCUCAUCUCCUCCUGCCCCAACCUCCUCUCUCUCACUCUCUCCCCCGCCCCACUUUCUCUCUCCUCCCUCCUCUCUCUCUCCUCCGCCCUCCCCCGCCUCACCUCCCUCUCCAUCACCCUCCCCAGACCCAUUUCCCUCACAUGGCUCCUCUCCUUCCCCUGCCUCAAGCAAUUAACCCUCUCCUUCUCUUCCCACCAAGCCCACGUCACUCCCGAAGAAAGUCAACAUUUUUAUGCGGAAUCCCAAUUGGGGUUGGCGUUGGAGACUCUUUCCCUGGUGGGGCUUUGCGGCGAUGAUUGGGGGCUGGGUUGGUUGUACAAGAGAUGCACCAGCCUCAAGAAACUAAGCCUUCACAGUUGCCAAGGAAUUGGAGCCUCUUAUUCCUCUUUCGUCAAGUGCCUACAGGGUCUCCACUCAAUCGAGCUCAGAACCUGCAGGACUGUGGUUUACGCGAUUCUCUUGGAGCUUCGGGAGCAUUCUUCCUCUCUCAACUCCCUCUUGGUUCACGACGGUGGUAGCAGAGAGGGCUUGCUUCAAUUCUUCUCUCAAUCCCGCUCCACGCUUCACAAACUCGACCUUCGUUUGCCUCUCGACCUAAACAACGACCAUCUAUUAGCCAUGGCUUUGUAUUUGAGAGGGCUCAGUGUUCUCAGGCUUCAGAGUUGUUGCCUUGUUUCCGGCGAGGGCCUGAAGGCCCUGGCCGUGAGCUUCGGCGGGCUCGAGGAGUUGGCGCUUGUGAACUGCGACGUGGUGGAGAGGGAGCCUGGGUUGCUGGCUACUCUGGGGCAGCAUUUGAGGAAGUUGAGGAAGCUCGACUUGUCGCAUAAUGAAAUGUUGCUGGACAAGGAGUUUGUGUCCAUGUUGUUUUCGUGCGUUUGUUUGGUUGAUUUGAGGGUGAGAGGGUGCAAGGAGCUCACUACUGUGGCUGUGGCUUCCAUGCUUAGGAGCUGCAAAAGCCUUGAGAAUGUGGAUAUUAUGCAAUGCUUAGGGAUAGGCUCCGAGGCUGUUGAGUUGUUUGUCAAGAACGCUUCUCGCUUGAGGAGGGUCGAGGUUGAAGGGAGCAAGCUCUCUGAUGCUGCCAAAAUGUGGGCGUCCAGCAAGUUUGUUCAAGUUGUUGUUUAAGACUUUGUUUGGGUAUAACUUCAGCAGAAUUAAGUUCUUUCUCAAGUUGUAAAGCUCAAAAAGUACUUUUAACUUGAUAAUUGUAUCCAAACAGAUACUAAGUUUAAUUGGUUCAGGGGAAAUGGAAGGUUAAAGAAAGAAGCAAGUGUAUAUUUCUAUAGUUUCAAAUAAACAGGUAUACUUCACACUCCUGAUUACCACUCUAUUUAUGUAUUCACGUUUAUGUAAUUUAUGUUUGUAUCAAAACUGUAAAUAAGGCUUCUAAUUCCAUUUUGUGGGAUUAAUCAAAUAAAGCAAUGUCUAUGUUUAUCUACGAAUUUGGUGGAUGGUUGAAAGAAGCAAUGCAAGCAGUUCUACUGCACACUCCUGAUCACUGAUUUUUUUAUUUGUGUCCAGUUUCUGUAAUUUGUGUUUGGUAUACGAAGGCUGGUUUCUGCGUGGUGAAUUUUCAAAACAAUUAUGUACCAACAAUUUUCAUCUCAUUUUGUGUGAUCAAAUUAAGCACUGUUUGUAUUUGUCUACGAAAAUGAGAUUAAUGCAACAUCUUUUUGAGCCCUUA